UAUUUAAUUCCAUCGAUAAAGAAAGAUAUAUCACUGUUCUAGAUUAUAUAGUGUUUGCUUUCUAAAUUUAUUAAUAAAUUAAUAAAUUUUUAAUGCAUUUUUGAAGAACUUAGAGACGUUUUAGAAAAUAUAGUUUGACUCUGAAUCAGACCUACGUUCAGCGACAUCUUGGAAAAAAAUGUUACAAUCAUAAAAGUCAAUGGUACUUGACAUUAUUUCGUCUUCCGCGUGAUUUGAUAAUUCUACUCGCGACUGAUAAUGCGAAGCACCGAGUAACAUACAUAAAUAUGUUUUUGCGAAACAUACGUUGUGUGAUUUGACGCAUAUAAUUUUCACACCGUGCCGACAUGUCGCAAAAGGAUCAAAGAAUUCUAAAACAGUUUCACAAUUGUCAAAUUUUACGCGAUAGUAAGAUUUUGAUCGAAGAUCUAUGGGUUCGUGACGGGAAAAUUGUCGAUCCCGAAAAGAUUUUUUACGACGAGAAAGUAAAACCGGACGUUAGGAUCAAUUGUAAUGGAGCGUUGAUUUCGCCUGGAUAUAUCGAUCUUCAAAUUAAUGGUGGCUAUGGCGUAGAUUUUACACAUAAUGUUGAUAAUGUACAGGAAGGAAUUAAUAAAGUAGCUAAGAAAUUAUUAGAAUGUGGUGUAACAUCAUUUUGCCCAACUUUAGUAACAUCGCCUAACGAAGCAUAUUACAAAGUAUUGUCAAAAAUAAAGAAGAGAAAUGGUGGACUCCAUGGAGCGACUAUAUUAGGCGUUCAUUUAGAAGGACCUUUUAUUAAUCCAAGUAAAAAAGGAGCUCAUCCAGAAAGCUACAUUAAACAAUUUGAAAAAGCAAGUUAUUUAAUGUUAUUAAUAGAUACUUCAAAAUUUCAGGGUUUUGAGACAUUAAUCGAUACGUAUGGAUCUUUAGAAAAUGUAUGUCUUAUUACACUGGCGCCAGAACUUCCCAAUGCUCAAACUGUCAUUGCAGAAUUAUGCAAAAGAAACAUUAAAGUUUCUCUUGGCCAUUCCAUAGCAAAUUUACACGAAGGAGAAGAAGCUGUAAAAAGUGGAGCUUCAUUUAUCACACACCUUUUCAAUGCAAUGUUACCAUUUCAUCAUAGGGAUCCAGGAUUAGUUGGUCUUUUAACAUCCGACAAAAUUCCAGCUGGAAGAACCAUUCAUUAUGGUAUAAUUGCAGAUGGAAUACAUACUCAUCCUGCAGCAUUGCGUAUAGCUCACAGAACACACCCUAAAGGGCUUGUUCUGGUAACUGAUGCAGUCUCAGCCUUGGGAUUAGAAGAAGGCGUGCAUCAGUUAGGGCAAUUCAAGAUAGAAAUACGCAUGGGGUCUGCAUAUAUUGCUGGAACAAAUACUCUGUGCGGUAGUACAGCAGAAAUGUCAAAGUGUGUGCGACUCUUCAAAGAAGCAACAGAUUGCUCUGUGGUAGAGGCUUUAGAAGCUGCUACUCUUCAUCCAGCAAGAACUCUUGGUAUAGAAAACAAUAAAGGAGUCUUAAACUAUGGAGCUGAUGCUGAUUUCGUAAUGUUAGAUAGUAGUUUGGAACUGUUAUCUACAUGGAUUUCGGGAACAUGUGUACACCCGCAAUCAUACUCGUAAGCAAAUGUAUUUUAAAUGACUUAAUUGUUGUACUUCUUCGCACAAUAUCAAACGGCUAUGAAUAUCAUUCUAGCCAUAUUAAGGUUCAUCCGCAUAUUCGUAUACUAAGAUUAUAUAUUUUGUAUACAAAAACUUGUGUAAAAUAUGUUUUGUAUAUU